ACGUCACUUCCUGCUGGCGGGACUGUGUUUUCUCCUUGCACGCUGCACGCGUUUGGCGCUUGAUUUCUCCUUCUGGAAGCGGGAGAAGGCUGGGCUUGCUUCUGCCUUUGGCUCCCGCCGCGCCCUGCAUGGGAGAGCAACCUGCUGCCUAGGCCUGUUGCCUUUCUGCAGGCCAUGUUCUCGGAACAGGCGGCCCAGUCUGCGCAGAAUCUCCUGACCUCUCCAUCUGCAGUAGUCUCUACCUUCGCUCGCGUGCCAAUCUCUGCCUACACCAACUGUUCCCAGAACUUCCGACUCGGGGAGCGGACCUUCAAUCGGCAAUAUGCCCACAUUUAUGCCACACGCCUCAUUCAGAUGAGACCAUUAUUAGUGGAGAGAGCCCGACGCAAAUGGGGGAGCAACAUCACCGUGAAGAAGCUGUGUGAGCUGCAGAUCGCGGAGAAGUGCUGUGUGGUGGGAACUCUCUUCAAGUCCAUGCAGCUUCAGCCCUCUAUCCUGCGAGAAAUCAGUGAAGAGCACAGCCUACCGCCGCAGCCUCCCCGCACCAAGUACAUCCACCAGUCAGAUGAGUUGAUCUUGGAGGAUGAGCUGCAGCGAAUCAAACUGGAGGGAGCCAUCCAAAUUGACAAGCUGGUGACAGGGACCAUCCUUGCUGUCUACGGCUCGGAAAGGGAUGAUGGCAAGUUCCUUGUUGAAGAUCACUGUUUUGCAGAUAUGCCUACCCAGCUGCCCAUGAUGGGGCCCAGUACAGACAGGUUUGUCUUGAUGGUCUCCGGACUGGGCCUUGGUGGCAGGAGCGGAGAGAGUCUCUUGAGCAUGCAGCUGCUGGUGGACAUGGUGACGGGGCAGUUGGGGGCUGAAGGAGAGCAGUGCAGUGCCGCUCUCAUCUCCCGAGUCAUCUUGGCAGGCAACCUCCUCAGCCAGAAUACCCAGAGCAGAGAUACUGUGAACAAGGCCAAGUACUUGACCAAGAAGACUCAGGCAGCCAGCGUGGAGGCUGUGAAAAUGCUGGAUGAGAUCUUGCUGCAGCUAAGUAUGUCUGUUCCUGUCGAUGUGAUGCCUGGGGAGUUCGACCCCACCAACUACACUCUGCCUCAGCAGCCGCUGCAUCGCUGCAUGUUUCCCUUGUCGAGUGCUUACGCCACACUGCAGCUGGUGACCAACCCUUACCAGGCUAACAUUGAUGGUGUCAGGUUUCUGGGGACAUCGGGCCAGAACAUCAGUGACAUCUUCAAGUAUAGCAGCAUGUCUGACUAUCUGGAAAUCCUGGAGUGGACUCUGCGGAUUGGUCAUAUCAGCCCCACAGCCCCAGACACACUUGGCUGUUAUCCAUUUUACAAGACUGACCCCUUCAUUUUCACGGACUGUCCUCACGUCUAUUUCUGUGGGAAUGCACCUUUCUUCAAAUCCAAGAUUGCCAAAGGUGAGGAUGGUCAGAAAGUCUUAUUGGUAACCCUGCCAGAUUUCAGCACAACACAGACUGCUUGCUUGAUUAAUCUGCGUGACCUAACCUGCCAGCCGGUCAGUUUCUCUGCUUUUGGAGCAGAUGAGGAGGAGGAGGAAGGAGGAAGAGCAAUGGAGACUGGCCCCUGAGCGAGAUAUAGCAACUUGCCCUCUUCUUGAAGGACACUUACCUGGUGGGUGGGUUUCACAGAGCCUUUGCUUUCCUGGCAGAUAUCUGAAACUUUUGGUUGUACAGGGGACUACAAUAAAGUGACACCACUUCCCUUUU